AUGGGUGAGAACCAAAGAUAUGAAGAACCGAUGGAAGUUGAUUCAUAUGAAACCAGUGAUGAAAAAGAUGAAAAUAAAACCUCGCCAUCCAAGAAUUCACUAAAUUUGGUCUUUGGUCUCCAACCCGAACAUAAUUUAAAGAACAUUUCGAUUGAGAAUCGGUUAGAUAUAUGCAAAACUGUUGAGCAAUUCCAUAAAGAUACUUUACCUACGAGUCAGGAUGUUGAAUCGCCAACGUUUAAUAUUCAGUCCGACAAGAUAUGCAUCGGCGACGUUAAAAAUUUCAUAAAGAUUAUAGAGCAGGAAAGUGAAUUGGACAAAUCAUAUAUGGAUUCUAUAAUUACUGUGGAAAAUACUCAGCUUGACGUUGAACGGCAAUUAUAUGACACCCUAAUGGAUAAAAUUAUUCUGAACUGUUCUUGGUUGAAUCUUCCAAUGGGUAUUGCUCAUCGGGCGUCUGGCCUUGUGGAACUUUAUUUCGCUGCGAAUAGGUGUACUAUUGUGCCAAAUAACAAACUGGUACUCGGUUGUAUUACGUUGGCAAAAGAAACUCAAGACCCUGAUAACUCUAUCGAAUUGGAUUUCUCUAAACUUGCACACGCUGUUGGAUUAACAGUUUCACGAUCGAAACUUAUAGAUAUUGAGCAUAUCAGCGACAGUGUCUGCCAAAAUAUCAACUUCCCAACAACGCUCCGUUGGCUUGAGAUAUUUUUAUGGGGUCUUCAUGAAUACACACCAGAGUUACUUAAAUGGGCCAAGCACGCAUGUAACUACAUUCUGGAUUUGAAUCUGAAAAAUGCUAACCUCCGGAAAUACUCCCCACGUCUUAGAUGUGCUGCGGCAAUUUGGUUCAUUCGUUUCAUUCUCAAACUACACUGUAGCUGCACUUUCUCAGUAGUCGGUUGCGUGCACCGUGUGUCAGCUCUCUGGCCAAAAAUAUUUGUUCAACUUUCUGGUUCCAAAGAAACUAAAGAAUUAAAACGUAUCGGUUACGAAUAUGGGAAGACUCUUUUGAGUGUCAAUGAAAUCUGCGUUCCCGCAUUCUGGAACAAAGAAGAUCCGGCCAAAUAUUCAAUGAUCUUUGGUGCAUACGUGGCUAACUGCCACGAUAGGAUAGCAAUAGAAUCUAAAAUAAGCAGCUUUGAUCGGGAAGAUUUGAAGAAACUGGAGAUUCUGGGGAAUUUCAAAGAAGGUCUCUAA